AAGACAUCCGUGCAUUCGACAUGCUUUUUAUGUCACAAAUCGAACCUUUAAACAAGCCUUUAUCUGCACGCUCUCACUUAUCACAAACGAACCAGUUUAUAUGUUUUCCGCAUUCUUCUUUUCUUUCACACCUUUCUUUCAACAACCGUGCUAUGACUUCUCCAACCCAAUUCAAUGCCGUCCAACAUAUCUCCCUAAACCAUACAAUUAUUUACAGUCUUUAGAUUUAUUGCUUCACUUGAGCAGCAUGCUUGCCUAUUACACCGCUAUACAAUGGACCCAUUCUAGCUGCAUCGUAUAUUUUACAUAUUAUAAUACAUGCUUUGUUUUCCUCUUGGGUCAUCUGUAUCUUCUAUGUGGCAAGCAUACUAGAGCAUUUGAAAAAAGGGUCAUUAUGACAGGAAAAGCGAUUGAGCCGGCGCCGAAUGGCCUUCUCAAAUUUUUUUACGUUCCUGAUGAUAGUCACUGCCUGCAAUAGUCUUUCAUUGUUG